AUGGAACAACAACAAAUGACUCUACUUUCAAUUGAAACUGUUCUCAAGUUUACUCCAAUUGAAAAACUUUGGCAGAUGAGAAUAGAGAAUCCAGUUUUAAAAGAAAUUUCAGAUAAAGUUCCAUAUGAUGAGAUGAGAAAAUGGAUAAUUGACGCAAUCAUCAUAACAGACGACAGAAUAGCUAGCAGAAGAGCAGAAGAUUUUUUCGCAGAGCUGAAGUUUAUUCAAAUCAAGGGAAGUAGACAAACUAGAUGGCUUUCACCUAAAUUUCUUCAACUGGCUACAUCUUCUGAAAUUCUGAAAGAUUCUGUUCUUCCUGUUGCAAAAACGUUUUGUAAAGAAAUCCUAUCUAUUGAUAUAUCGGAAAUGAAUGAGGAGUUUCUGAAAUCUGUUUUCCAGUUGUUUCCAUUUUGUCUAGAAUUAGGAGCAGUGAGCAUGCACAUUAAAAAUUUGAAGGAAAAUUCAUUGCUAGAAUGUGUGAAGUGGCUGAAGAAGAUUGAUAUUAAAAGUGGAAUCUGUAUGAGUUUGAGUUCGAGCGCUGAAAUCACUCCGAGAUUUAUUGAGGAUUUCUUCACAAUUGCUUCUCAAGAUAAAACCGCAAUUAUGUUCAGACAAUUGGACGAUUCCGAAACCUCUACUAAUAAACGGGCAGCGAUUCUUCGAUUCUUCUCGCUUCCCGAUUGGACAGUUCCUGCUCGUUAUUUGACAAUUGAACAAAUGGACAAAGAGACAACUGAAUUAAUAUUUGGCGAAUUAGAACAUCUAUACCCAAAUGGAGGCGUUUUCUACGAGAAUGGCGCGAAAGCGUUUCAUAUCAGCGGACCAACACCGACGAGUAUAGCACAAUUGGAAAUUCGCAAAAUGGUUUGA